AAGUAUGCCUUGUACUUCCUCAGAAGCUUUAGUCCAGCAAAAGAGGCUUCCGUUUUUUCUCAGAGCACUUGAGAAGAUUUUCUAAUGCAUUUGAGAAGCUUUAUACUUGCAAAAAGAGCCUUCCGUGAUUCUCAUUGUGCCUGAGAACUUUUCAAUUGAACUUGAUGAGAAUGAAGGGUAUUUAUACUACAUGGACUUUGCAAGAUCUGGCUUUGUGCAUAAUAGCUGUAGUGUUCUGUUCCACACAGGGUUCAGUAAUGACAAGCAAUCAAGAUGUGGAAUUGGGUGGCAAUGUCACUUUGAGAUGCACUUUAUUACAACAUUCUAAUAUUUACCAAGUUACAUGGAAAAAAAAAAAGAAUGGAAAUGAUGAAAACAUUGCAACAUACAAGAAAGAUACAGGUUCAACUGUUUUAAAAUACAAAGAUCGAAUCAAUUUUACAGUUUGGAGCCUUCAAGAUACUGCAAUUAAUUUGUCGAAUGUGAGCACUGAAGAUAAUGGCUGCUACAAGUGUGCAUUUCUUUUGUUUCCUGUAGGGCCUGUCAUGGGACAACCUUGUCUUUCUGUUUAUGAUAAUCUCAAAACAUCUACAGACCACACCAUCUCUGAUAAUCACUUGCGUGCCAACUGUUCAGCAACUGGUUUCCCAAGACCGAACAUUUCAUGGUUUCCACCAGAAGGUGAAAAGAAAGAAAAGGAUAUCACAAACCCAAAUGGCACAUUAUCUGUCAUAAGCAACAUUUUUGUAAGCAUGUCAAAUGUUAAACAAGGGCUGACUUGCCAUGUUACUCACAGAGGAAAAACGAUAAGCAUUGAGGUGCUAGGAAAAGAAAUAGACCGUACAAAAAAAUCUUUUCCUGUGAUACCAGUUGUAUUGGCUUUGAUUCUUGUGAUCCUGGUUAUUGUUGUGGGUAUAUGCUGCUGGCGACGACAAAGGAAAAAACAUAGAGGAUUUUAAGAUAUUCAACCAGCACCAGUUUUUUCUAUGGAAUUGAAAACAAUCAACGAUGCAUAUUAACAAGCCAGCAACAGUUUAAAUGAAUAUGUGGUCCAAGUUCUGCUUUUCUACUUGCCUUAAAAAAGAUGCUUACAUUUCUCUGUUGACAUAGUUGAGCCUUUCACGUUGCAGUGAAAUGGAUUGGCUGUUAGCUACCAAAUCACCCAGUUAAAAGGAAGAUUUCAAUAGUGACCAAUUUUUUUUAGUUUUCAGUGGCAUAUUGUGAUCACUCCUAUUUCCUAGAGAUGUGGACGAAGGGCUAGAUCAUCAACUCUGGACCAAUGAUCAGAUUCAUCCUUGGCAGCCAAAAGAAAGUUCACUUCCUCUCUGCCCUUUUCUCCCUGUCCAGUACAAAACCAAAUAUAAAUUUACUACAGUUUAAUAGAGAACUGCACAAUUUUUAAUAAAAAACUUGUUCUAUAUUUCUAUCAUGGCAGUUCUGUUAUGGGUGGUAAAGCUUUUAAUUUUUUGCUACAAUGGAUGUUCCCAACCCAUAUUGGAAGCCCAUCAAUAAUAUUCCUUGGCAGAAAAGAAUCCUUUGAAAUAUAACCCAAACUAAGUUCAGAAAAGGAGCAAAAGUUUAAUUUCCUCUGUCCAGAUGCAGUUUUCCUGUUCUCGUUUAUUCCUGAGUAAGGAAAACAAUACAUUUAACCUAAGACACAGUUUAAUAAUAUGUGUAACUAUAGAACCUCUGCACUUAAUUUUAUUUGAAGUUUUUUUGUAAAAGAUUCUGCAUAUGUACAUUAUUUAUAAACAAAUGUCCUACAGGUAUUUCUCACAUUAUUUUUCUAAAGUAUUUGUAGAAUACUUCUUUAUACAUACAGUAUAUCCAUAUAAUAUUUGUAUAAAAUAUCAUGCAGUAUACUUGCCUAUUAGUAACAUGGAUGUGCAUAGUUCUGUGCUAAAUACACAAUAGCCAAUCAUGCUGCUACUAUAAUAGGCAGGAGACAACUGAAUAGAGAAGUUCUCAUCCAUCAGACAUAUUCCCCGUUGUAAGUAAAUAUUCCCCCUUUUAAGUAGAGAAUUCCAGAUAUAUUUUGAGGUUAACUUUCAGUAUUCUGUGUAAUAUAACUUAUAGGGCUGUUCUGAAAUGAGGAAAGAAACAUACUUCACAGUUUAGAUAAAGAACAGUUCUCAUUUAGUGAUCACAGCUUAGACCAGCAACUCGAUUUUUAAGUGAACCGUUCAAUAAACGAAACUGCACUGUGGGUACAAUCUUACUUCAUUUUUCUUUGCUUUACAGACCUGCAGGGCUUAAUAAAAU